AUGGCUCUCGGGAAGAAACUAAGUUGCUUAUGGACCUUAGGUCUCUGUCUGGUAGCCAGUAAAUCUCCCAAACUCCCUUCCAUCACAGACCAGAGUUUCAUAGACCAGUGUGUCAAGGCUCACAACGAAAUGCGUGGCAAAGUCCACCCCCACGCGGCCAACAUGAAACACAUGACCUGGGAUGAAGGUUUAGCAAAGGCUGCUAAAGCAUGGGCAAACAAGUGCAAAUUUGCACACAACACCUGUUUAGGAAAAUCAUAUGAAUGCCAUCCGAUUUUUGAAUAUGUUGGAGAAAAUAUCUGGUUAGGAGGAUUAAGCAUAUUUACACCGAAAUUUGCUGUUGUUGCUUGGUAUAAUGAAACUGAAUAUUAUGAUUAUAGUAGUUUAUCAUGUACCGCAGUUUGUGGCCAUUAUACACAGGUAGUUUGGGCCAAUUCAUAUAAAGUUGGUUGUGCAAUUACAAUGUGUUCUCACCUUGGGGAAGCUGAAACUGCAAUAUUUGUAUGUAACUACGGACCUGCAGGAAAUUUUCCAAAUGUGCCCCCUUACGCUAAAGGAGUACCCUGCUCUAUGUGCGAGGAAGAAGAAACUUGCGUAAAGAAGCUCUGCAAAUAUCCAUAUUGGAAUCCAUUGGGGAAGGCACCUCCACAGAAAGCAUGUCAUCUACUGUGCCUAAUUUAUGUUCUGCUGAGAAUAUUUUAA